AUGGAGUGUCGCCCUGAUCCCCUCUUGAUCCCUGAUCCAAUCACUAAUGACGCGCAGUCGCUGCCGCUUGCUCUGCACUUGACCGCAACCUCGAUGUCUCUUCUUCCUCAUGAUCCUACUUCAGGUCUCCAUCAUCAGGCAGAGGCACUCGACAUUUGCAGGCCAGAACACUGUUUCCACGCCUUCGACGCACUGUACUGCGCCCUGACAUUCGCAGAGCCGAUUCCUCCUCAGUUCGAAGACGAUAAAUAUCCCUUAUUCGUCACAUGGAACACACUCCCGUCUCGACCGGGACGAUCUCCUCGAUUAAGGGGAUGUAUAGGAUGUUUCGAAAGCUUACCCCUUCGUGAAGGACUAGCGGAGUACGCUCUCAUCAGCGCCUUCCACGAUUCACGAUUCAGGAAGAUAGAUAAGAGCGAGCUGGAGACUUUGGAAUGCGGGGUGUCUUUCCUGACCGACUUUGAAGAUGCGAUGUCGUAUCUCGACUGGACGGUCGGCGUUCAUGGAAUCCAGAUUACCUUCCCCCAUCCAUCCACGCUCACUCCAAAUUCUGGGACACCUUCGCCCUUGUCUUCUGCUUACUCAUUGUUGACUCCCAAGGUGACCAAGAAGCAGAAGUUCUCUGCCACCUACCUCCCGGACGUUAUACCGGAGCAAGGCUGGGACAAACUAGACGCGGUUGAUAGUGCUAUUCACAAAGCUGGCUGGACCGGGAAGAUCACUGAGGAGAUCCGUAGAAGCAUUAAAUUGCGGAGAUACCAGAGCAGGAAGUGCACGGUCAGUUGGGAUGACUACAUUGAGUGGCGAGAGAUGAACAGUAGCAAAGCAUGA